AUGCCCGAAAUCGAAGGAUAUUAUAAGAAUGAUCCGGAAGGCAUCACUUACAUCGAAGACUGGGAUACCAGCGCACGAAACUGGAUUCCUAUGACCAAGGAGGAGACGGCAAAAGUCCAAAGAUUAGACCUGCCAUCGCCACGAUGUCCUAACAUCCCCGCCGUUCAGGAUAUCGAAGAGCUUCUCCCCUCCCUCGACUCAGUCGCUCAACGGCCUUAUUCGGGAGGUCUAUGGCCGGCAUGGGACCUGAAGAAGGGCGAAAAGGUCUUGAUCAAAAUGUCUAACUGGCACCACCCGAUGGUGAUUGAUGCCGUCCGAAAGAUCAUGGAAAAAUACGAAACGGAUUUCCACAUCGACAUCGAGGAAAAAGGUCCGCCCCCUCAGUGGCAGGGCCACGACGAAGCGGAAUAUUACCUAUUCCGAACUAAGGAGCUCGCCGAGUGGAUUGACUCGUGGGAGGUCAUGGACAGGGAAGGCAAGUGGGACAAAGUCAUCCAAGGCUACGGCGGACCCAUCCUCCGGGAGCGCAAGAUCAAGAUACAGCGGAUGCCGUUCAUCGUCCCAGAGGCUGUUGUCUCACAGGCCCACCAGCUACCCGCCGAGGUCCUCGUGGCCAUCGACGAGUGGGUUUGGAAGAGGGUUCGAGCUUGCAAACGGGUGCAUAUCACCGACCCCGAAGGCACGGAUCUACGCUACACGAAUCACGACGCUUACUGGCACGACAACAGGGAGGUGUACCGCAGGGACCACGUGGAGAAACACUACUCCGCUAACAUCCCGUACGGAGAAACGUACCUGCCUGGCCACAUCUGGGGUCGACCCCCUUCAUGA